AUGGAUGAGUUGACCGGAUGUUCAAGUUAUAUAUGCUAUGAUAACAUUGAUUACGACAUUAGUCUCAACGAUGAAGUACUUGAUGAAGGGUUGAGUCCAGACACGGAUGCUAUAAUUACGGGACAGUUAGACAUUAAUGGUUUCACGAGUUUUGGGACAAUGACGGCACUGUUAGGUCCGUCCGGUGCCGGAAAGACAUCUCUGUUGAAAGCGUUGAACGGAAUGAAUAAGAAUUUAAUAACAAAUAAAUCAAAGAUAUAUUUAAAUAAUAACACAAGAAUUAGGGGUUGUUUUAUAUCACAAGACCAUAGGGAACACCUAAUAUAUGGGUUGACAGUUAGACAAGCACUUAGUUAUGCCUCAAAACUGAAAAAUAUAUGCAUUAGAGGUGUGGACCACGAGGUGAUAGUAUGGGAGUUGAUGUCAGAGUUAUCAUUAACGGACAUAUCGUCCAGAAAUGUGGAAAAGUGUAGUUCCGGUCAACAGAAGCGAGUAGUUAUGGCUCAGGAAUUGACGGCACAAUUGAAACCAAAUGCUUAUAAUGGGCGACAAUUUUUCAGGGGUCGACCCGUAGACAAGUACGGAAUGGUCAGACCUCCAGUUCCCGUCGAUGGACAGUUUUUUAAAAGCGCCGUAUCGGGUAUCUAUAAACAAAAAGUCAACCAUGCUGAUCCCAAAGACAACAGCACUUUUGACCAGGUGUACUUCACGAGCGACGCCCACUACAAAGCGGGUGGUCCCGUAUUUUUCAUGUUUGGCGGCGAGGGGGCAGCCAGCUCAUUUUUUUUGACCAGCAGUAAUAUGGCGGACAACGCCAAGAAGUACGGCGCUCUACUCGUCGAGUUGGAGCACCGGUUCUACGGGGAGUCCCAACCCUUCGCGGAGCUAACCGUCGAUAACCUGAAACACCUGAACAGCGAACAGGCCCUCAAAGACGCUGACGAAUUCAUACAGUAUUUGCUGAAACAAAAGUCCAUUGAGAAUGCCAAGGUCAUUGUGUUCGGGGGCUCGUAUGCCGGUGCGUUGGCCGCUUGGUUCCGGGAGAAGUACCCGAAAACAGCUGCCGGUGCCAUAGCGUCCAGCGGUCCCGUCGAGGCAGUCGUCGAUUUCAAGGACUACUUGGGAGUCGUUAGUCAGUCGCUGGGAAAGGAGUGCUCCGACAGCAUAAGGUAUGAUAGGGUGGCGCCG